AUGGAGAAUCUUUAAAACACUUAAAACAAUCCAAUUGCAACAUAUUAAUUAUUUCUUAAGCGAUCAUUAACAAAAUAAAUAAACAAUUAAAAAGUGCUACCUGUUUUUGGAUAUAAAAUUAACUUAUAAUCAACUCGAUUACAACAUCAACCUAUCAAUUUACAACUAUCUCCAAAUCACAAUUAAACUACAAAAUCUCAUUUUAUUAAUCCUGAAUUAAUCAAUGCCAAAAACCAUCCAAAUAAAGAUUCUUCUUAUCAAUAUUAUAUUAAUGAAAUCACAAAAAAGAAAAGCCCAAAAAAAUUUAAUUUUGAAAACUCUUGUACCAAUUCUAAUCUAUUGAAAACUCAAUUAAAACAUUAUAAAGCAAAUUAAAAUGUUGUACUUCCUUAAUUAUACACUCCUAUUAAAAUAAAGAAAUAAUUUCCUUCUAAAAUUAAUAUUACAGAACCAUAAAUUUUAGAAGAACUACAACCUUGGGAAUCAAGCUAAACUUCUAUUCCAUAUUUUUGA